AUGCGAUUCACGCCGUCCAGCUAUGUUUGGCUCUUCCGGUUAAGUAGCUUUACCGGCAAACUGCGUUUGUCAUUUAGUCCCACCUGCCGUCGGAGAUCGACUUUUCCCCCCGCUCCUCCUCUUGUGUUUGCCAGGAAACUCAUGAUGCAGUCGGGCCGGAAUGUCUCUUCAACCCGUGGUAGCAGCAGCAGCGGUGGUGGAGGUGGUGCUUUAGGAAGAGCAGACAAGAAAGGGUCUGGGGUCCUUACGGAAGACACGGGUGCGCCGGCAGAGAAGAAACGCGUGGGGAACACGCUUGUUGUCAACACGAGAAAGUUAAGGACCCCGAGUCCCCUGUCUGGGGCCAACUGCGAUGACGACUCGGAGGCAGAGUCCUUCCGUGAUGGGAGAACCGAGGAGGUCGACCGAGACACCAGGGGCAAGGCGUUCGCGUGGUGCAGAGACUUUCUGUCAGGCUCCUGGAAGACCAUCAGAGAGGACGACUUCCAAAUCAGCAUCGUCAGGUACAGUCUCACCUCAAUAACUGCACCACACUCAGGCACAUGAUGAAGCUCUUAUUACAGUCAUGGAUGAUAGACUUAUUUAUAAAUGAACGUGAAAGGGCACUUAUUGUGAGGUCAUUUUAAUUAUGAAUGACAUUAUCAUGCUCAUUCAAAACCUUAACUACCUACUGGAGUUCUCACAGCUUUUGUAGCAGUUAUUUCUAUCAUGUUUAGUUGUGUUUUAUGUGGUUACAGAGCUAGUUUUGUUUCUUUGUCACUUUUGAAAAGUCUUUAGAAUAUUGGAAACAACUCAAAAGUAUAAUAAUAAUAACAACAACAAUAAUAAUGAUAAUAAUUACUUUAGGUUUAUAGCACUUAAAAAAAAAGAAGUUUGCAAGUUGCUUCAACAAACUGUUGCAAAGCAUCAGCUCAUGGAAAUAAAAACAAAUAAAAAAACAAAAGCACAGUUAGAAACAAGGCCUCCGAAUUUAAGGCCAAUUUCAUUUGUCCUAAGAAACCCAGACAAUACAAGAAUAAAACAUAAAAUAGGUAAGAAAAAGAAAUGUAAUAAAAAGGGGGGAAGAAAGCAGGAAACAGGACAGUAAAUAUAAAAAGAUGAUAUUAAUAAUGAUAAAAUAAUAAGACCUUAAAGGUUAAAUAAGUAAAGAUUAUAAGUAAAACAAAGGCUAAAUGGACAGUAAGUCAAAAUAAGAGAGGUAAAAGAGAUAAAAGAAAAAAGAGAAGAGAUAAAAGACGGCAUCACAUAAAAGCAAGUCUGUAAAAGUCUGUGAAGUAUUGAUUGAAAUUUUGUGGUUCAAUAUGUCAUGAUUUUUCAUCCAAGUUCACACUGUACUGUUUUUAAGAUCUCAACACAACCCUUAUGUCUGAAACAUAACACAGAACUAAAUACUAAGUCUGUAUUUAAAUGCCAAAUUGCUUUAAGUUGCGUUAAAGUUGGUCAUAAUUUGUUGUGGACGCCGUGUACCACAGGUUUAUUUGCCUUAGAACAUUUCAAGCAAAAUCUAUUUGUAAUGUCUGACUGAAUACUUGUGACUAAACUCGAUGGAGGGACAUAAACUUUACUCAGAUGUGGUAACUCUUUUUUUUUUUUUUUUGCUCUGCAGUGGCGGCCUGAGUAAUCUGCUGUACUUGUGUAGUUUGCCUGACCAUGUGCCCACAGAGGGCGAGGAACCUCGAAUGGUGCUCCUCAGAAUCUACGGGGCCAUCUUACAGGUUUGUCUGUCUUAAAGAGCUUCUGUGGAGUCAUUGGUCCAUGUAUUUGUGUGCUUAUCUGAACAUAUUUAUUCAUCACGAGAAGAAAAUUAUAGACCCUCGUUGAAGGUAGUCAGCUUUUGCAGUGUCAGUUUUGAUCACUCUGAAUCUGUGUGUGCUUUUUUUCUUAAAGGGUGUGGACUCUUUGGUGUUGGAGAGUGUGAUGUUCGCCAUUCUGGCAGAGAGGACUCUGGGGCCAAAACUUUACGGCAUUUUCCCUCAAGGGCGCUUGGAGCAGUACCUCCCAGUAUGAUUCAUAAAAUUCACUCUAAUAUCUUGUAUUUCCAGCUUUACACUGUGGCAUUUUGACGCAAGCCCUUGACUUCUUCAGAAAAAGAGCAGAUUUCCUUUUGGGAAAAAAAAACUGUAGAAUACUGUUUGACAACUCUUUUUUCCCCCUAGAAUACCCGCAUGCGCACAGAUCAACUUUCAAAUGCAGAAAUUUCAGCUGAGAUUGCCACCAAGUUGUCCCGCUUCCAUCAGAUGCUCAUGCCCUUUAACAAAGAGCCGAAGUGGCUGUUUGGGACCAUUGACAAGUAAGAACUCCUUCAUAUCACUCUCUUAAUUCUCUGUUAAUCCCUCUGUUUUUAUAAGCUCUACUGUGACAACCCCCAAAAUGUUAAUGAGGCUGUCUUAUUUACAGAACACAGUCUAGAGUCUGAGCAUACUUUAUUUUUCUGAAAAGGUAUAUCAGCCUGUUUCACUCCAGCUGAUUAGAAAAUACUAUGUGGGCAUGUGCAGGCGAGGAUCAGUAAAGAAAGGAAAAGAUAGCAAACACAAAGCAUGUAUGGACAGUGAUAAAAACACAUACUUGGCUGGAUUUAGUUCCAGAGGUCUUCACCUCCUGGAUUGGAAAAAAAGAAAAUAUGACUUUACCUUUUUCAUUUUGGGAAAGUGUAGUGUUUUUUUUCUGAUUAAGCAUUUGCAAUCUCAAAAUUGAGGUCCCUAGCAGCUACUUUAAAUUUAGUGUUUGUUUGUUUCUUUUAGAUACAUGGAUCAAGUGAUGAAUCUCAGCUUUGUGCGUGAAGCACAUGUAAAAAAGUACAAGAAGCUGAUGAAGCUGGACCUGCCUGCUGAACUGGAUAGCCUCAGGUAAGUUUUGGCCCAGGUUUCAAAUACACUGGUGACACUUGGGGUUUUGUCCCACAGUUCAAGGCUUCGUAUAAACCCCAACAGUGUCAGUGAGAGACCCUCCUGAUCCGAAGUGUACUUGCCUGUUUGAAAAAAAGCCUCGAAAGCAAGAGGCGCAAGGAUGACAUAAUCAUUAUUGCCUAACCGGGUUCUUGCAAAAUGUUGUUUAGUCCAAACUGUCUCGUGUUACGUACUGUAACAUACACUGACUUGAGAGUGGCAGUUGUCUGUUUGAGGACAUACGUUUGAUCACUUUCAAAUCAUAAAACAAACCACAGAGAGAAAAAAGGUAAGACAACAUAAAGCCCACUAAUCUGGGAAACAUGUAUACAUUGGUAAAAUCUUAAUUGUUGAUAAAAUUGGACUUUAAAAUUGGACAUUGGUAUAAAAAUGUUUAUGCUCAAGUCAUUACAUCAGAUAAUGUGGUUAUAAUUGGGAGCUUGUGAUAGACAAGAAUUUCAUCAUAGAGAUACGACCAGCUGUAUUUUUGUUUCCAGUCAAACAACUGACCUUUGUCCCAGUGCCUCCACAACUCCACUGCAGACCAAGUCCUCCUGUCAGACUAACCAAUGAAAAAUCAGUCCAGUGUUUAUUGUCUGUGUUUAUCCACGGGAACAUUUGUUAUCUUGUAGAUAUGAACUUGUCCCAGCUGAGGGAGAUGUUCGAAGCUCUCGUUCAAAGAGCAACUCUGAGUCACAGGAUCACUAUUUUCAUCUAAACUUGAUGCUUUUUUGAGCAUCUUAAAGCCUCAUGAUAAUUCUGUUAAACUACAUACAGAUGCAAACCUGAAAAACGUGUUUUUUUCUCCCCUUUGUUUGUCUUUCAUGGCCGUCUCUUGGGAUUUUGCUCUAUUACAGAGCAUUGCUAGCGGCGACUCCAUCCCCAGUGGUGUUCUGCCACAAUGACGUCCAAGAAGGUAAAACAAUCAGCAACUUAUCCUGUCCUCUCAGCUCUUUAGUCCUCCUCACACUUCUAAUUUGGGAUGAUUAAUCAAUCAUCUGCUGUCCCUGUCACUCAGCCUAGUGAAGCAGUAUGUUACAUAAGUCAAAGGAAAGCUUUGGUUAUUAAUAGGGGCAGCUCACAUUCAUAUACAUAGUCCUAUCAGUGAAAGUGAGCCUCUGAAAUAGACAAGGUGGUUGUAAGAGACUCGGGUUUCUGUAAACCAGGAAUGGUUCACAAUGAGGAACAACCUUAGCUGAACUGGAAAGCUUGUUGACACCUGACCCUUACACUCAGACAGGGCAGACAAGUCAGCUUCUGUAUUGGGCUGCUGUCUUAUAUCAGUGUAUGUUAAAACCAAUGUACCAUAAUUCACUUUGACUGACAUGAAGGUGACAGAUUCUACGAUAAGGAAAAAAGCAUGUAAACAUGUCCAUAAAUACAAUCUACCGCUUUUAUUUGCGCAUAAUGCACACUAAGUGACCGCUCAAAAGUUUAAGUCCCUCUCCUAUUGUUGCUUUUACUACUUAAAGUGUUCUCAGCUGUCUUCAAAUCGUAACUAUGAAGUUUUUAGCUGAAUUCAAGUUACCUGUGUCAUUUAUAAGGGCUUUUCUUCUGCAGAGCUCUAGUAGCUCAUUAGCAAUUCGCCUCUGAGUCGUGGGCGGAGACAGCGCUGCUCUGUACACUCGUCUUCACGUUAGCUUGCGGCCUAACAUUGCCGGUGUAGUAGAAGUGGCAGGUAACACAAGAACUAUUCAGCUCUCAGACACUUGUGUCUUUGGGGCAUGAAAAAAGCUAAUGUCAUAAUUAGCUUUCUUAUGAGCAGUGCAAUCCACAAUCCAUUUGGGUCUGUGAGAGGUUCACAGCGAUUUAAAUGCAGAAAUACUCAGAAAUGCAAUUUCACACUUUUCUCAUGAGCAUCAGAAAAAAUACCAUAUGAACAUGUAGACAACGGGGAAAACAUGAUUUUCAUCGGAGUGGGUCUUUAAGACUUUGUGGUUCAAGCAUUCAACUUGAUUUAACGGCAUUACCGCCUUAAAAUUGGAAAAUUGGUUUUCUAACUUAUUGUUUGUAUCUUCAGGAAACAUUCUGAUGCUGGAUGAUAAGGACCAAACCUUGACAGACACACUCAUGCUGAUAGACUUUGAAUACAGCAGCUACAACUACAGGUAAGUGGGGCUACACUGAAAGUAAAGCAGUGUGUUUUCAUCAGCGAUGCUCCCUCUGUUUUGAAUUAAGUUGUUUCGACUCAAUAUUUCAGUUAUGCAGCUGUAUAAUACGAUAACCAUGUCUUACUUUUUUAAAGGGGUUUUGACUUUGGCAACCAUUUCUGUGAGUGGAUGUAUGAUUACACCUACAACCAGUGGCCCUUCUACAAAGCAACCCCAGAGGACUAUCCCACCAGAGAGCAGCAGGUCAGUCCCCAAGGGCUAAAAUGAUCCCGUCCAAAAACUUUUAGCCAAUUCUUGAAGAACCUUGAGGAAUAAACACAAAUGGGCUGCCUUUUAAAGUCAUCAAGUGUAACUGGGUUGUUAUUUCCACUCAAGAGUAGUAUACAGGAACAUGGCAAUAAUAAAAUGCAAUAGAAGCUCUUGAGAAGUAUCAAAUACGGUUUACCUUUAACUCAAAUCUAAAAGUUUAGAUUAUGAAGUUAGCCUUUGGAGGGGAUAAAAAACAUAGACUACAGACCUCUGUAGUCCUUUUUAAUGUUAAAAACAUUCAAAUAUUACCACUUUUACCUCGACUUUGGUGUUGUAUUUAUGAAUAUGAAAUAUAAAUACAUUUAUACUACUUCUCCCUGGGAAGCGAGGACAGAUGUCAUACAGUGUUUUGCUGAUAUUCAAGCCCAAAGAUUUGAGGUAAUGGAGAAAGUUAAUCUUUUGAUGGAAUAGGAGUUUCUAGUCUUCUGGUUCUGUAGCGCCCUCUUGUGGCACAAAAGAAAAAAACAUAGUUUAAUGCAGGUUAAUGACAAAAGCCUUUCAUACAUUUGGCAAGGUAAAAUAAAGAUUUUUUGCUCCAAGGAUUUCAGCCCUCAAUUUUGUUGAAACUCAAAUUCCAGACUUUCUAAUCAUUGUUUUGUAAACAAACUUGUGUAUGGAAUUAUUCUCAAGUCUUUUGGGUUUUUAUUCCAGCUUCAUUUUAUCAGAAGUUAUUUGGCAGAACAAAGUCAACACACGGACAGUGCCGGGGACCAGACUCAGAUUGAGGAGGACUUGAUUAUUGAAGCUAACAGGUAACAUGUAGUGCUCUUAUCAUUCACAACUAUUUUGACUGUAUUUGUUAAUGUAAAAAUUUAAAAGCUACUUUAUUAUUUUAUCUUUCUUUUUACUCAUCCUUGUCUUCAAUUUGCAGAUAUGCAUUAGCUUCACAUUUCCUCUGGGGAUUGUGGUCAAUCAUUCAAGCAAAGAUAUCCAAAAUUGAAUUUGGAUACAUGGUAGGUAGAUUUUUUUUUGUUCUGCUGCAUGUUACAGUUUUUUUUAAUAAACUAGUGAAUGUUUUUUGUGCUUUCAUGUGAAUAUCUAGUGUACUUUGCCUCACUGUAAAUCAUCUUGUUUUCCAGGACUACGCCCAGUGUCGUUUUGAUGCCUACUUCAAACAGAAGAAGCUCUUCUCCUGA